AUGCGCUUCCGCAAUGCUACCAUUUCGUCGUUUCAACCGAGCACGGGGCAUGGCUAUCGGAAAAUGCGUUGCUACGGCCCACCAAUGAUUAUAGCAGACUCUUCCCAACACCGCUCCAUCUCCUCUGUCCAGAUGAUAUACGAGCCUUCCCAGGUGUGGAGACACCAUGUGAUCCCUUUGGUCCUAGCCAAGUUCUCAGUCAGCCUUGUGGAUCCUAGCAUGUUUGCUACCAUCCCACGCAUCAUAUCUAGCAUGCAAGAAGGAUCUCCAAUUUAUGCGACAUGUGAUGCCAUUGCAUGUGCGUAUUUAGCUAGUACGACGGGGUCAACAGAUGCAAUUGCCAACAGAACCCGGUCGUAUGGGGUAGCACUUAGGACUGUCAAUGCAGCUCUAGAUGAUCCUGUUCAAUGCAAGAAUGACAACACAUUGUUAGCAGUUUGGAUGUUUGUGGUGUAUGAGCUAUUGCAGGGUCAGACGACGGAGACCGCCACUGCCGGGGCAUGGCCUCUUUGA